AUGGAGGCCGACGAGCAGCUAUUUCCCAUCGCCAUACUCAUCGAUGAGCUGAAAUCUGACGAUGUCACUCUCCGCUUGAAUGCCAUUCACCGCAUCUCCACCAUCGCCCUUGCACUUGGCCCCGAGCGCGCACGCGACGAGCUCAUUCCCUUCCUCCAGGACUCUCUCGAUGACGAGGAUGAGGUCCUGCUUGCUCUAGCACAAGAGCUCGGUUCCGGUUUUGUUGAGUACUUGGGGGGUCCAUCAUAUGCUCACCUCUUGCUGGGUCCUCUCGAGAACCUGGCUGCCGUUGAAGAGAGCGUAGUUCGUGAAAAGGCAGCGGAAUCGAUCGUCAAGAUCGCUGAGGUCCUCUCUGAAGCUCAAAUCGAAGAGCACUACAUCCCCUUGCUGAAGCGACUUUCCGGCGGCGAUUGGUUCACAUCUCGAACCAGCUCAACCUCGCUCUUUUCCGCAGUCUACCCCAAAGCCAAGCCCGCCACACAGGAUGAGCUCCGCAAGAUGUUCACCGCGCUCUGCAACGACGAUACCCCCAUGGUCCGACGCGCCGCCGCCCGCGAUCUUGGCCCCUUCGCAAAGAACCUCUCGAAAGAUCUCGUGGUCUCGGACAUUAUUCCCCUUUACCGAAAGCUCUCCUCGGACGACCAGGACUCAGUGCGUCUGCUCACCGUGCAGGAUUUGAUCGCCAUCGCAGAAUCUCUCAGCCACGACGAGUCCAAGAACUACCUACUUCCGUCGAUUCGCAGUGCCGUGCAGGACAAGAGUUGGAGGGUGCGAUACAUGGUGGCGGAUCACUUCGUCAAGCUGGCUUCGGCUGUGGGCGAGGAUGUGGUGCGAGACGAGCUCGUUAUGGCAUUCGUCCAUCUUCUCAAGGACAAUGAGGCUGAGGUGCGAACAGCCGGUGCAGGUCAGAUCCCUGGUUUUGCCAAGUUGGUCGACCAGGACAUCAUCUUGGCGCGCCUCAUGCCUUGUGUGCGCGAUCUUGCCGGCGACAACUCGCAGCACGUCCGCGCAGCGCUGGGCAUGCAGAUCUCCGGUCUGGCCCCGCUACUGGGCAAGGAGGCCACCAUCGAGCACCUGUUGCCAUUGUUCCUUCAGCUUCUCAAGGACGAGUUCCCGGAUGUGCGUCUCAACAUCAUCUCCAAGCUGGAGCAGGUUAACGAGGUGAUCGGCAUUGACCUGCUCUCGCAGUCGCUGCUCCCCGCCAUUGUCGAGUUGGCGGAAGACAAGCAGUGGCGCGUUCGACAGGCCAUCAUUGAGUACAUCCCGUUGCUUGCCAACCAGCUUGGCGUGCAGUUCUUUGACGAGCAGUUGAGCAAUCUCUGCAUGUCGUGGCUCGGCGACACGGUGUUCAGCAUUCGCGAGGCGGCGACGGUCAACCUCAAGAAGCUCACAGAUGUAUUCGGCGUUGAGUGGGCGAGACAGACCAUCAUCCCCAAGGUGCUUCAGAUGGGCACGCACCCCAACUACCUCUACCGCAUGACGACCAUCUUUGCCAUCACCACCAUGGCGCCCUCACUCGACACGCCCGCCAUCACCGGGGACGUACUCGACACGGUGCUGCCCAUGGUGAGCGACCCGAUCCCCAACAUCCGCUUCAACGUGGCCAAGGCGUUCGAGGUGCUCUCGAGCGUGCUGGUCAAGACGCCCGAAGGAAAGGAGGUGAUCAAGGCCAAGAUUACUCCGGCGCUCGACAAGCUUAAGGAGGACUCGGAUGCCGACGUUCGCUUCUUUGCACAAAAGGCUCUCGACUCUGCCAGCCAGCAGGCGUGA